AGCUAAAACUUCCGGUUUCUGGCAGGAGUUGUUUCAUUGUGUGUACAUUGAUGAAAUGGGCUCGUAGUUUGUAGAGCGUCAAAUCUGCAGUUUUAGGCGAGGACACGGUCGGUUCUCCUGCAUUGGAUGUGACAGUUCGGACUGCUUCAGUCAAGUCCCGGGAUCUUCAGCGAACCGGAUCCGAAGCUUCGCGGAGAUUCUCGUUCUGGACGCUUCGCUCGGCGAGUCGCUCGUUCAUCCGCGGCGCGCUCGGCUGUUCGGAACGCAUCGAGUUUGGCUUUCAGUUGCGUUCAGUUCGACCGCCUCUCCCUGGAAGUGCCCGUUAUGAACGGGUUCAGCACGGAAGAGGACAGCCACGACGGCCCGCCCGCGCCGCCCUUCUUCGGCCAGAGCUGCUGUCUGAUCGAGGACGGAGAGCGCUGCGGCCGCGCGGCGGGGAACGCGUCCUUCAGCAAGCGCAUCCAGAAGAGCAUCAGCCAGAGGAAGCUCAAGCUGGACAUCGACAAGAGCGUUCGUCAUUUGUACAUCUGUGAUUUCCACAAGAACUUCAUCCAGAGUGUUCGUAACAAGCGCAAGAGGAAGACGAGUGAUGACGGAGGAGAGUCCCCGGAUCAUGAUGUGGAGGUGCCCGAGGUGGAUCUGUUCCAGCUUCAGGUCAACACACUGAGACGCUACAAGAGGCACUACAAGAUCCAGACCAGACCUGGACUCAACAAAGCCCAGCUCGCAGAGACCGUGAGCCGCCACUUCCGAAAUAUUCCAGUCAAUGAGAAGGAGACGCUCACGUACUUUAUUUAUAUGGUGAAGAGCAGUAAAAGCCGGCUGGACCAGAAACCAGACGCGAGCAAACAAGUGGAAUAACGUUCUCUGACGAGUGGAGGAAAGCCAUGAUUUAUGACGUGCAGAUGUUAGCUGGCUUUGCAAUUCCUUAUGAAUACUAACUGUGUUUUUGUCCAUACGGGAGUCACACCAGUCACACGCGUGUGUAGUGAUGAUGAUGAUGAUGAUGAUGAUGAUGAUGAUGUGCCAAACCUCACAGUAACUCCAUUAAAGCGCUAGUGUUUGAGUGACGG